UGGUUCGAGCGGUUCAUUCGAUGCUGAUCGGUAUCAGACGUAGGUUGUGCGGUUUUCCGGGUGGUUUUCGAGCAACGCGUAUCGUGUAAAAAAACAAAUUAUUUACUAGAAAAUCAAUUGCAACUGUGGGAAAAUUCGAAAGCACUUUUACACGCUCGUACAUCGAAACAAACGAUCGAUUCAAAAAAUAGCCCAGUGACGUAUUGUAUUCGAAAAUCGCGUAUACGCCGUGUGCAAUCCCAAGCAUAAAAAGAAUUGACAAAAUUGAAAUAAAACUACUACAACAACAACAACAACAACACUACACCAAUCUACAUACAUAAAUUCGCCUAAAUGCGUGAUCGUCAUUUGGGCAAAAUGCCGCGUGGAGGAACGACAACAGCACGCUAUGAGGAGGAUCCGGAUAAUGCAUGGAACGCCUGCUCUUGGUGUGAAUACAUGCUGAUCGUAAUACUAUCGACCAUACUGCUAGUGGGCGUGCUCAUCCUCACACUCUUCUGGGUGAUGUUCUAUCGCAAUGGCUUCGCCUGGACAGACAAACCUCUGCAGCAGUUCAAUCUGCAUCCCAUACUUAUGAUUGCGGGCUUCGUAACGCUCUCCGGAUUUUCUAUCUUGAUUUAUCGACUGUGCCGUUGCAUGAAGCACAUCUAUGUGAAGCUGAUUCACAUGUUCUUCCAUGCCAUUGCGAUACCCUGCAUUGCCCUCGGCUUCCUCUCCGUCUUUGACUCGCACAAUGCAUUGCAAAAGGUGAAUUUCUACAGUCUGCACUCGUGGCUGGGUUUCGUGACAAUGGGCAUGUUUGUGCUUCAAUUUGUAAUUGGUUUCUUCAGCUUUCUGGUGAUGCUCUGCUGUGAGAACAAGACCUAUAGCUGCCGCUCGGCCAUGGUGCCCAUCCAUGCCAGCUUCGGCUUGGCCAAUUUCUGGCUGGCCAUUGCCACAUCCGUCACGGGUAUCAUUGAGAAGGAACGCGAGACAGCCGAAGAUCCAAACUUGAGUGCGGAGAACCGACUCAUUGAGCAUUAUAUUACGAGUGCGAUAGGCAUCACAUUGGUUGUCAUUGGCAUCAUCGUCACCUUUGCCGUGCGAAGGACCAACGCUCCUGCCUCCGCCAAGGUCUAUGUCACCGAGCGCAUUUAGAUGUUGGGAUUGAAUGCCAUGCCACGCCCACGACGACUACGCCCACAUACCACAGCCAGUGUUAUGCAGAAAAGGCUUCUAUGUUAUAUGUUCCACUUCUCGAAGCAUAUAAAUGUAGCUGUGCAAUUAUAAAUUUGAUACAUAAAAUCAUUGUUGUGUUAGCACAAAUGAAACACACGCUUUUUGCAUUCUCUUCCCUCUCUCCUAUCUACAUACUAUCCAUACAAUACAUAAAUCUUUAUGCCAAAUCCUAAUCUUUUUAUCAGCAGCUACUCGACUCGUAGAUAAAUCAAAAUUAGCUCUUUUCUAAAUGCCAAUCUUUAACUGCUAAGUAGAUUUGUAGAGAUUAGGAAUCUCAUCUUGAAAACAUUAAGACAACUUUGCAUAAUAGUAACUAUAGGACCGCCCAGCCUCUAGACCAGACCAUAACCGACCAGAUCAAGAUCAGACCAAGCAUACUAGAAGACUACACGCAAAACACAAAAAACUAUGAUCAAAAUCAAAAGAAAGGAACAAUAUAUGCAGCCGAGUUCUUAGCCACACCACUUUUUGGUAGUUUUCUAGACAUUUUUGAUAUAUGUACUACUAUUCGAUAUAUACUAUUGACUUACAUAUUGUACGUACUAUACAACUGCAUAAGAUUUACACAAAUAAUAUAUAUAUAUAUAUAUACAUACAAUACAUAUUGUCGCAUUUGAUGUUUUUGUAAUCGUGCAAAAUAUAUAAUUGUAUUUCAUAACAAGCUAAGCAAUAUAAGUUGUAAACCAAUUUUUAUAUAUUAAAUGAUUUUUUUAUUUAUUUACAGUA